AUGUUCUUGUGGAAGCCGACGGAGGAUCCGGUGUUAAACAGGUCAUUGGAGGAAAAAGGAAAUUUGCGGAAACUGGCGCGGAUAAGCCACGAAUCAACGGUGCUGGAGGACAUAAAAUUUGAUAAGCCAACUAUAGAAGAGCCGAAAAAUGGUGACUGCGCUAUCAUGGAUUCCACAGAUUCCAAAUGGUAUGCCGUGGAUUGUAGUGAAGCCCAUGGCCGGAUUUGUGUAGAGGAAACCAAAAGCUGUUAUAACGGUUGGUCCUACUAUGCUGAGACGGAUUUCUGCUACUAUCACGGCUAUAACCAAACUUUCGAGGGUGGCGAAGAGUACUGCUCCAAUUUUGGGGGCCAUCUAGCGUCGAUUCAUAGCGAUAAGGAAAAUGAUUACAUAAAACUGCUAACCUAUUCGAAAAGCUGUGUACAAAUCGUUUACGGAUACGUGCAGGGUACUACAGUAUUGGGAGGAUCGCUUUCUGAAAGAAAUCGCACCGCUUUUUGGAUUGAUGGUACCCCGGCGGAUUAUACUGGCAAUACCUGUUACCAUGGUGGAGAGCCGAAUACAAUUUUGAUGAAUUCCUUCCCAGCCGAUUGUGGUAGAUGUCCGGAGGGGAGUUGGUGGAUCAAUUUCGAGAGUCAGGGAGCUGAAAUGUAUCCGGAUUUCGUAUGCAAGGUUGCGCCAUUUGAAGGGUCGCGGAAUCAACGAAAA